GGCAUCAUGUUUAUUGACAAUAGCACCGAUCGAUGACAAUGUCUUCCAGUCCUUUUUUCCGGCUAACAUUUUCAUUUGAACACUUUGGUGAUUUUGAAUGUUCCGGGAAAAUAUAAAGCAGCUAUUUAUUUCUUAAUGUUUACAGAGAAAAGGAGCACUACUCAAAGUUGCUUCAUUAUUGUGUACACGUUGUUAUAGAAACUGACGCUGUCGUUAGGGCCCAUAAAAGGGACCUCCAAGUUUGAAUAGAAUUUCGUUAAAAAGUAAGAGCGAGCACUGAUCUUUUAUCCGAAACACGAAACAUUUCACUUCCGCUUUGCUUUCAAGUGGAAGGAACAAUGCCAAGUUUCCGCAUGAAAGUGAAAGAGACUGCUAAGACCUUGAGGAAAAGUUUUUGUUGAAAACUUCUAUUUCACCCUCUAGCGUAAUAGAAUCUAGAUCUAGAUCUAGAUCUAGAUCUAGUAUUGAAGAACUUUUUAAAAUUCCAAUAAGAUAGACUUUUGCGAUGGAUGCAGACGAUAAUCCAUCCCGAACAACAACAUCCCCGCCUGUUCGUGAUUGUGUGGAGGACGAUGCUUCGAAAGUUCAAAUUCAAAGUGAUAGAUAUUCUAGAUCUGAAUCUAGAUCUCUACUUGGUGACGAUGGUAGUUUGAGGGGUGCCAGACGAAGUCUAGAUGAGUUUUUCGAUCUGCCAACCUCUUUCCACAUAGAAACCCGGGACCUGAUGGCUGAUAUUUCCUCUGCGUCAAAAUCUAACAAUGAUUACGCAACGUUACUGAGAUUGGAAGACUCGAUCUUGAAAGAUUCGGAAGAUUACACGAUCCGAGGCACUGACGGCAAUCCGGCGAAGAUCCCAGCGAGGAUACGGGAGAUCAUCACCAAGAAUUUGUCCACGGAGGAGCUGACGUUGCCGGGCAUGACGACCCAGCCCAGCGUGACCACGCUGCAGGAGGAGAACCGCCUGCUCUCGCAAGAACUCAACCGAGUGGAGGACCUCCUGUCUGCCUCGCGCGCCGACCGAGACGAGCUUGGGAUCAAGUAUAAUGCUCUGAGUGAGCGG